UUUUUUUUUUUUUUUUAAAUUUAUCGGCUUUUCUUAACCACGAUUGACGUUUUGUGGUGGCUUGGUGAUUGUCCCGGAGAAACCGAUUAGCUAGAUGGCAGUCAGCACUUUGAACAUGGCACCUUAUUUCACUGGAUACCCUUUUCAAGGACAAGGUCGUGUGAAUCAACUUGGAGGGGUUUUCAUCAAUGGGCGUCCACUGCCGAAUCACAUUCGCUUAAAAAUCGUAGAAAUGGCGGCAGCCGGGGUUAGACCGUGCGUGAUCUCCAGACAAUUGAGAGUCUCGCAUGGGUGUGUGUCGAAGAUUUUGAAUCGUUAUCAAGAAACAGGAUCGAUAAGGCCGGGUGUGAUAGGUGGUAGCAAACCACGAGUUGCCACGCCGGAAGUCGAGGCGAGAAUCGAGGAUAUGAAGAGACAAAAUCCCGGGAUAUUCAGCUGGGAGAUUCGAGAGAAAUUGAUAAAGCAGGAUGGUAUCUGUGACAAGGCGUCAGCACCGUCAGUUUCCAGUAUCUCGAGGCUUCUUCGUGGUCCUACGAAUCAGACCCGUCCCGGGGAUGAUCCUCGACGAAAUCAUUCCAUCGACGGAAUACUCGGUGGAAGUAGUGGUGACGAUUCGGAUACAGAGAGCGAACCGGGAAUCGCUUUGAAGAGGAAGCAACGUAGAAGCAGGACUACGUUCACCGGUGAACAAUUGGAACAACUCGAAGCAGCUUUUCAUCGAACGCAAUAUCCCGAUGUGUACACCAGGGAAGAAUUGGCUCAAAAAACAAAUUUGACCGAGGCACGUGUUCAAGUGUGGUUCAGCAACAGGCGAGCCAGGCUUCGCAAACAAUUGAACAGUCAACAAUUAAACGCUUUCAAUACAAUGAGCUUGCAAUCCUUUCAAACACAGCACUACGGUAGCAGUGCUGAAAGUUAUCAGAGCUAUGGACAAGCAUCGGUGGCUGCGGCCGCAGCAACCACGGCUGGCUAUCCUCAGCAUUACAACUAUAGCGAGAAUUACUACGCUGCUCAGCAACAGUGGCCAAGACCGACUGCCGAGAAUUAUGGAUUGUUCAACGCAUCUCACUACGGUAGCAGCAAUCUGGCUUCUAAUUUAACUUCCAGCAACUUGAAUUUGGGCAGUCUGAGCGGCAGCGUGAGCCCCACGGCGUCGAAUAUGAGCGCGUGUAUGGUUCAGGGCGCGUCCUCGGGGGUUCCUACCCCUGCAGCGAUAAACCAUCACGUGACGCCUCACAGCCCCAGCGAGGCGAAGAGUGGUUAUCCCUAUUUGGGCGGUAUAGAGUCCCAAGUCUGUGGCAGAGUUCACUGAACCGUGGAGUUCACAGUUGAAAAGAUGGCGGAGAGGGAAAGGCGAGAGCGAUGUUUAAUCUAGCUUAAAGUGUUUUUCAACCUUUUUCGAGUUGCGAUAUUCUUUUGUCAAUAUUUAUGAGCAAUUUGUGACUCUUUUCUCUUAUGGUAUAAGGUAAGGAUAAAAAUUUGAAAAAUUAACAAAGAUUUCGAUUAAUGUCAAUGAAAUGACUAACAGCAUUAUAUUGUCUUUGGGUUAACAAAAAAUUUAUAUAGCGAGGGGAUGAUGAGCUUGACACUUUCUGCGGAAUAUGACAAUGCAAAUAAUUAUAUAUUCAUAUGAAGAAGCGCUAAAAAUUAUUAAUUAAUUAAGAAUCAGAACGGUGAUUUUUUUCUGAAAGACAGGUUGGUUGGGAACCAACCUGAUAUUUACAAUUCUUUUUUUAUUUAUAAUUCUACGAAGAUUAUGAUCGUGAUCGGAUAUUUGUAGG